AUGUCCAAGUUAUCAAAUAAUUUGCAAUGUAUAGUUUGUGAAAAAAAAACGCAUUCGAUUCAUGAGUUUACACUUCAUGGAGCUACUGAAUGCAUUCCAAACUUAUUAGAAUACUUUGGACUUCCAAAAGCAACAAAUAUUAUGGAGCUAUUGGAGGUACAACAGAAGGUUGCGCAAUUAGAGGAGCAGAUAAAUUCUUUAAAAGUUAAAUUGGAAAGUGCAAAGACUAAGAAAAGAAGGUUGUCUAUUGGUUCGAGCUCGAGUACUUUCAUGGAUGAGGAUCAAUCAUAUCAUUCACAAACAUCAACAACAACAACAACAUCAUCAACACCAACACCAAUACCAAAACCAGCACUAACAUCAACAUCUAACAGUAACGCUCCUGCGGCAUUCAAAAUCAAAGAAAAAAAUAAACAAGAACAGCUUGAUUAUAGAAUAGAAUAUGGUUCAGACAAUAUUGACAUUGAUAAUAGUGAAGAGACUAAUUCUUGCUACCUUUCCCAAACGCUCAGGCUUGUGUCUUCUCACGAUAAGAGUAUUCAGCUGGUCUUCAAAUGUGGCAUUCCUUCAAAAGGAGCAAACAGAGUCAUGGUUGUUAAUGGUGAUGCCCAUAUGGCAACUGUCUGCAAAUUAAGUCACUUUAAUGACCAGCAGUGUUCCAAUUGUGGACAGAAGUGCACCACAAGAAUCAAAGCUAAAUCAUCAUGUAUGCCUCCUGUUCCCGGAUCCUACAUCCACUUUUGUACCUAUAAUUGUAUGGUGGCAUAUCUUAGCAAAACAUCUGCAGAAGUAUGGAAAAAUAAAGCAGACGAGUUAUAUAAACUAAUAUAUCCAUUGGAUUCAAAAGAAAAGAACAGCAAAGAGAAAGAGAAAGAAGAGAAAGUAAAGAAGUGCAAGGAGAAAGAGGAAGAAGAAGAAGACGACGAAGAAGAUGAUGAAGACGAAGUGAAAGAUGAUAAAAAAGAAACUGAACAAGUUAAAGUAACAGAUCAUUAUUUAAAUACUUUGUCUCAAGCAGACUUAAAGUCACUGAUAGGGAAGAUGUUUAUCACUCUCGUUUAUUUAAAACACUAUGUCAAGUCUAUAAUCACAUUAAUAAUCUUUGGAAUAUCAAGGAGAACAGCUGAGGAAUAUUACAACGAAAUAAUCGAUUUACUCUAUGAAAUGUCACUGGAAUCUUUUAAACAUUUCGCAUCUAAUGAACAAAGAUAUGAAAGACAAUCAAAGUUUAUAGACAAAUAUAAUAAUGCGUGUUUGGUAACCUCUGUCGUUGAUGGAUCCGAACAAAGAGAUAACUUUUACAGUGGAAAAAAAGGAUUUUCAUCAAUAACCAAAUUGGUAUUCGCAAGUCCAGACGGAAAGAUUCAGAAUAUGGCUGAAUCUCGACCAGGUUCCAGGAAUGAUCAAGGAAUGAUGCACGAAGUGGAUGAAUUUCUCAAAUCUUUCGAUGAUUCAUGGGAGUACAUAAUGGGAGACAAAGGAUUUCAAGGAUCAAACCAUUUAUACUAA